GUUUUUUAGUAGUGCAGGCCCACGGUAGUCCAAAAACCUCUCGAGCUCGGGGUAGUUGAAAAUGCAGUCAUUUUUUUUCGGCUCUUUUCGUAUAGUUUGAGUAUCAUACUCGACACAGCAAGGUCGACAAAUUUUAUAUUUUCAGAAGUGCUGUGUAAAGGAAAGGAAAAGGAUGGAAACAGAAGAAAUUUUGACGGAACUUCUCGGCGUCGAAAUGGAGCUUCAGGACGUUCAAAAGCAAAUAAAGCUGCUUCUUGAUCAGCAAGAAAAUCUCCAACAGAGGCAAUCAGAACUCAAAGCCCUUUUGGAACACACAGAAGCAUCUCAAAGCCAUGGAGAUGUUGAGGCAUCUGUUUCAGUGGAUAAUUGGUCGUGUCCAUUCGAGUGGGACUCCGAAGCUGAUGAUGUUAGAUUUAAUAUUUUUGGCAUAUCAGCAUAUCGUGCCAAUCAGCGAGAGAUCAUAAAUGCAGUCAUGAGUGGAAGGGAUGUUUUAGUAAUAAUGGCUGCUGGUGGAGGCAAGAGCCUGUGCUACCAGCUUCCGGCAGUCCUUAGGAAGGGAGUGGCUCUUGUCGUUAGUCCUUUGCUUUCACUUAUUCAAGAUCAGGUUAUGGGUUUGGCUGCCUUAGGCAUCCAAGCAUUCAUGUUGACAUCCACGACAAACAAGGAAGAUGAAAAGUUCAUUUAUAAAGCUCUAGAAAAGGGAGAAGGGAAUCUUAAAAUAUUGUAUGUUACACCUGAAAAGGAAGCGCAUUGUUGUAGUCAAUGGGGUCACGAUUUCCGUCCAGACUACCGGAAUCUUGGUAUAUUGAAGACUCAGUUUCCUAAUGUUCCUGUGGUUGCUUUAACUGCCACUGCUACAAAGAAAGUACAAGAUGAUUUAAUGGAUAUGCUACACAUCAAAAGAUGCGUUAAGUUUGUCAGUUCUGUCAACAGGCCUAAUCUCUUUUACAUGGUAAGGGAGAAAUCAUCCGUUGGAAAGUCAGUGAUUGAUGGGAUAGCUGAAUAUAUUCAAACAUCAUAUCCAAAUGGUGAAUCUGGGAUAGUAUAUUGUUUCUCCCGCAAAGAGUGUGAGCAGGUUGCGAAAGAAUUGCGGGAAAGGGGAAUCUUGGCUGAUUACUAUCACGCAGAUAUGGAUGUGAAUGCUCGUGAAAAAGUUCACAUGAGUUGGAGUAAUGGCAGUUUACAAGUGAUCGUUGGCACGGUGGCAUUUGGAAUGGGAAUUAAUAAGCCAGAUGUCAGGUUUGUUGUUCAUCACAGCUUAAGCAAAUCAAUGGAGACAUAUUAUCAGGAGAGUGGUCGAGCUGGUCGAGAUGGGCUUCCUUCUGAGUGCUUGCUGUACUUUAAACCAGCUGAUGUUCCUAGGCAGAGCUCAAUGGUCUUCUAUGAAAAUUCAGGGUUACAAAAUCUUUAUGACAUUGUGCGAUAUUGUUUGUCAAAACGACAGUGUCGGCGGGGUGCUUUCUUCAGACAUUUUGCCGAGCCUGUAAAAGAUUGUAGUGGGAUGUGUGAUAACUGUGCCUCCUGUAAUGAAAUCAAGGAAUUGGACGUAUCUGGCCACGCGAAAGCUAUAGUAUCACUUUUGCAAGAAGUGCAAGCGAAUGACCAGAGGGUGACGAUGUUGCAGUUUGUUGACAAGUUGAAGAUAAAAUACAAGAAACUGGAUCCCGAGCUAAAAAAGGAGGAAUGGGAACAGCUCGUGGUGCAGCUUCUGGUGGACCGUGUUUUGAAAGAAGAAUUUCAGCAUACUGCUUAUGCCACGAAUGCUUAUGUCACCGUAGGACCUUUGGCCAAGCAAGUAUUACAUGUUUCAACCGUUGUUACUUUCUUCGUAGGAAAGAAGAUGGUUAAGCUUGAAGUUCAUCAAAUUGGACAGAAGAAUAGUCCAGCCAAUUUGAAAACUCGCAAGCGUGGGCAAUCUAGUGCUUUGGAACAUAAACUUGACGAGCUACGGAAGGAACUUGCUUCACAUGAUGGAGGAAUAUUCCCUCACUCUGUGUUGUCCACCCAGCAAAUUAGCAUGUUGGGUGCCGAAAAGCCAAAGUCAAUUGAAGAGUUGGAGAAGAUUAUUGGAAAGUUGAAGACCGAGAAAUAUGGGUUGAGAAUUCUAGAGGAAAUAAAAAAUUUUGAAACCAACAGCCAGAUAGAUGAUGAUUUUCGGGGUGGCGCGCAAGAUGACAGCUCACCUAAAGCUUGUAAGAAGUUGAAAACUAGAAAAGCAGCAAUUGUAAUCGAGAGCAGUGGGGAUGAAGCAUGAAUAUCUCUAUUUAUCCAAGUGGUAGCUUUCAUUUUGAGGGCCCUAAAUUUGUGGUGGAUAGUUCAAAAUCCUUAAAUCAUCAAUUAUUCCUGAUAAAGAGGCCUAUUGUUCCUAUUCAGAAAACUUUUUAGUAUCUUUGUUUAUUGUUUUAUUUACUGAUGGUGUUUGCCUGUUCUCCGAGACCACUUUCAUGAGUAAAAGUAUUUAAUUUGGUCUUGCAAUUGUCAUGGGAUCUUUCUUAUUACAUUUUUUUAACUCUACGCGUAUGGCCAAAGCUUUUCCACUAUUGAUGGGUG